GCCUUUCUCGUGUUGACGGCCAAGAUGGAACCAAUCGCGAUCAUCGGCAUAUCUUUCAAAAUGCCCCAGGAGGCAUCAAAUGAGUCAACUCUCUGGGAAGUCAUUGAAAAAAAGAAGAACUUGAUGACAGAGUGGCCUCGCGAACGAACAAAUAUUGCAGCUUUUCACAAUGGACCAGACCAUGAACCUAAUAUGCUUUCUGGCCGCGGCGGUCAUUUCAUGGACAUUGACCCAGAAGCGUUUGAUGCUCCAUUCUUCUCUGUGACAGCGAAGGAAGCAGCUGCUAUGGAUCCGCAGCAGAGGAUCCUCCUAGAAACAUCUUUCCAUGCUUUUGAGAAUGCCGGGAUUCCCGUUGAAAACCUCAAAAACUCACAGAUGGCAGUCUUUGAGGCUUCCAUGUCUGACGACUAUCUCAGAAUGUAUUCCAAGGAUACGGAGAGCAUUCCAGUCUCUGCAGCUACAGGUACUACUGCUUCUGUCCGCGCAAACAGAAUCAGUUGGUACUAUGGUUUGCUCGGACCAAGCGUUCAUGUGGAUACCGCUUGUUCAAGUGGAAUGGUGGCGGUAGAUCUGGCAUGUCAGUCGAUCCGAAGUGGUGAUGCUUCUUCGGCCCUCAUCAUUGGGUGUAACCUAAUGCUGAGUCCGGAAAUGUCUGUUUCUCUCAGUAACCAAGGCUUCCUGUCUCCAGAUAGCUUGUGCUAUAGCUUUGACUCCCGAGCUAAUGGCUAUGCGAGAGGAGAGGGCUUUGUUGCUAUAAUUAUCAAACCACUAACCGCAGCUCUGGAGGAUGGUGACACAAUAAGAGCCAUCAUUCGAUCAGUUGGCACAAAUCAAGAUGGGCAUACGCCAGGGUUAUCGCAGCCAAGUGCCGACGCACAAGAACGCCUCAUUCGUCACGUGUAUGCGAAAGCAAAUCUUGAUUUCAAAUAUACUCGCUACUUUGAGGCCCACGGAACUGGGACACCUACUGGUGACCCCAUUGAGAUGAAAGCCAUUGGAAGGGUGUUCCGAGCUUCUCGAAACAAACAAGAGCCUUUGUUCGUUGGCUCAAUUAAAUCCAAUAUUGGCCAUUUGGAAGGCGGGAGUGGACUUGCUGGGAUUGUCAAGGCAGUAUUGAUUUUGGAACGCGGUAUAAUCCCGCCCAACGCUCUGUUCAAGAAGCUCAAUCCAGCAAUCGAUGCUUCAUUCUACAACGUACAGGUACCGACGCAAAGCUAUGCCUGGCCAGUUGCUGGAUUACGCCGAGCAUCUGUCAACUCUUUCGGCAUGGGUGGAACAAACGCUCAUAUUGUGCUUGAUGAUGCAUAUCACUAUAUGGUAAGCAAUGGCUUAAGUGGCAACCAUCAAGUGCAAAUGCAUGCUGAGCAGAAUGGAAAUGGCGUGUCAUUGAUCAAUGGAGUAAACCUAAAUGGUAAUGGUGAAUCUCACGAUGAUCAAGGUACCCACAGCCUCGACGAAAAACCACAAUGCCGCAAUGGAGUCAACUCGUCGCCAUCUUCGACGCUGUUGGUGUGGACAGCUCACGACGCGAAUGCAUUGAAGUCUCUCAUCCAGGACUUUAAAGUCUAUUACGAUGCAAAUGUGACUGGAAAUCCCAUCAUGGUCCAGAGAUUGGCACAUACUCUUGCCACACGGCGUAGUCGAAUGCCAUGGCGAGCCUUCGCACUUGUCAACGAGUCUGAUAACUUAGCGACAUCAACGCCAAAUCGAGCAAGCUCCGAAGGUGGCAAAGUCGCCAUGAUCUUCACCGGUCAAGGAGCACAAUAUGCUGGAAUGGGACGAGAGCUUUUGCAUUACCCAGUCUUCAGACAAACCAUGCAAAGGGUCAAUGACGUUUUUGCAAAACUCGGAUGUAAAUGGUCAAUAUUUGACGAAAUACUGAACCCUGACACCAUAAACAGACCCGAGUAUAGCCAGCCGUUAUGCACGGCUCUUCAGAUUUCUCUCAUAGAGUUGCUGAAAGAGUUUGGAAUUGUACCAGCAACUGCCGUUGGCCACUCGUCUGGGGAGAUUGCCGCUGCUUAUGCUGUUGGGGCACUUUCGCUAGAGGCUGCCAGCGUUGUCUCAUACUUUCGAGGCCAAUUAGCAGGAACUCUCGCAGGCUCUUCUGGUGCAAUGAUGUCCGUGAAUCUAGACCAAGAGAGCGCCCAGCAACUGUUGGACGAAAUGGCAUCUCAGAAUGGUGACGCCGAGACUCCGCUGCAGAGCGUUCAUGUCGCCUGCAUCAACAGCCCGGUCAAUUGCACCUUAUCCGGUGCUGAAGCAUCCAUCGACAUCAUCAAAAGCCGGCUGGAUCAGGAUGGAAUAUUCGCCCAGAAGUUCAAUACUGGAGGGUUAUCCUAUCACACCCCCGCCAUGAAUGCCAUCGCAUCCAAGUAUCUCGAAGUUUUGAGCUCAGCGCAGGCUAUGAUUUCAAAUGCAGAAAGAGGGAACAAGAAUACAGGCAUUCCAAUGAUAUCGUCUGUCACUGGAAAGGUGGCCACAGUGAAAUCUCUUUCCAGCGCUCAAUAUUGGGUCGACAAUUUGGUCUCCCCCGUCAGAUUUCUGCAAGCAAUGCGGACUAUUGCUGGCGAUAACAUUGCACUCACGGGCGAUCUUAGCUUCGUAGGCUUUGAUCCCCAAACGAUCACUGAUGUUAUUGAGGUUGGCCCUCAUUCAGCGCUCCGGCGCCCAAUCAAUGACACGCUACAGCUCUCGGCCGAAGGAGACGUGUCUACGCAAAGCCCAAGUUCGAGGAAGCGCAACAUCAGAUAUCAGUCUACUCUCGUAAGGGGUAAAUCCUCUAUAAAUACUACUCUGGACCUCGUUGGGAGGCUGUUUACGUAUGGUCAUGCUGUCUCGAUCUCAGCAAGCAACGGCUACAUAAGAGAUUCCAAGGGUCCUGAGAAGGAUUCUUUGCGCGGUGGUGUUGAAAGCACAAAGAUCUUGUCAGACUUACCAAAGUAUCCUUUUGAUCAUUCUCACAAAUACUGGUCUGAGUCAAGAAUCAGCCGGGGGUAUAGAUUGCGCCAUGAAAAUAUAUCAGCCAGUGACGGAAGCGACAGGCUUCUUGGAAAACCGGUCGAUGAUUGGAAUCCACUUGAGCCUAGGUGGAAGAGUUUUUUAAGCAUUGAAACUCAUCCUUGGCUUGGGGGACAUGUUGUGAAUAGGAUCACUGUUCUGCCAGGCACUGGAAUGCUCGUCAUGGCUAUCCAGGCCGCAAGGCACCAGUUUUCCUACAAUAAAACGCUCUCUUCGCGUCGAAUAGUCGGCUAUUACAUCAACGAAGCUGAAUUCAAAAGCCCGAUAAUGGUUGGGGAUAAAGCACAAGACGCCACUGAGGUCAUCACUCAGCUUCGCAAUGUCCAGGGUGAAAACAACAGUAACUCAGUGGAGUUUGAUAUUGUGAUCUUUUGCAUUUCCAAUGAAGAUCGUUGGAACGAAUCCUGUCAUUGCCGAGUUGAGUUACAAUUGGAUGAUUCUCGGAUGAAUGAUGUCGAUAGCGGAGCGGAGCAACGCUUCGAAGAACAUGAGUUGCAGGACACAUACCAUACCUUGGAUCUUGCCUGUCAAAGGAAGCUUGUGCCUGAUGAAUUCUACGAUGCAUUCAGGGACAACGUGGAUGUCGACUAUGGAACGACGUUUAGGCUGUUGGAAAACAUCAAGUGGGAUGGCCAUCAUCGGGCUAUUGCUUCUGUCGAUCUGGCCUCAGAAUCAGUUAUCAGAAACACCAAUACAUCACAGGUCCCGGUUACUGCCGUGCUGGAUGCUUCUGUUCAUCUUGUUCUUACUCAGGUUUCAAAGGGUCUAGUCGAAUUCCAUCAUACCCUUGUUUUACACAAGGUAACCGGCAUGUGGAUCUCUGACAAAGCAUGGAAUAAUGCCAACUCCCAACAAGUCUCAAUCGUGAGACUGGCCAACUCCAUGGUUCGUGGCCCAAAUAAGACGGGUAACGUCAAGAGCACAAUUUUUGGUCUAGGUGACGAUGAUUCCGUCCUCUUUCGUCUCAAACAUGUUGAUAUGGCUGCGGUCUCUAAGAUCAACGGAGACGACCUGGGCAGCAUCAGCAAGGAGCGUGGAAGGCUUCUGCACACCAUUGACUGGAAACCCCAACUGAGUCUCUUGAACUCAAACCAACUCGGUCAGUUAAUGGACAAGCAAAAGCCCAUGGUAGGCAACGAGAGUCUCAUGGUCAAGUUUUAUCCCAAGAUGGAAUUCGCCAUGAUCAUGGCAGCCCGUAAGGCCCUGGAGGACGGAGCACGUCCACCCCCGGGGUACCUGGAAAGACUGGUGGCUUCGAUCAACGCGCUAUAUAUUCCCGAUGGGGCGGUCGCCAAAGAUGAUGAGGUGAAUGGCAUCGCCAUGUCACUUGAGAACGGGCGGAUCCCUCAGCCAACAAAUACCAUGAGUGAUGAUGAGCUGGAGCUCUUGCUGAAAGAAUGCGAGGAUGAUAAUCCUUCCUGGGAGGCUUUCCCUGUAAUUGCUCGCCAGCUGAAGCCCGUAAUAAGCGGUGAGAUGGACCCGCUGAAUUUGAUCUUUCCGAAUGGUCUGGCCGAGAAGUACUACAAAUCUCUGUUUCGACAGAACUGCGACAACCGUUUCCGACUCUUUCUAGAGCUACUGUGCCAUGAGACACCUGGGAUUUCUGUGCUCGAGGUUGGCGGUGGAACCGGGGGUAUGACUGAGCAGUUCUUGUCAGCUAUCUCAGAGAUAGAAAGCACCAAGGGGAUCACGUGUAUAUCAGAGUACACAUUUACCGACAUCUCACCAGCUUUCUUCGAACAUGCAAGCGAGAAGUUUGGAGAUUACUCGGAGCGAAUGAUUAUGAAAAAGUUCGACCUGGAGCGCGAACCUGAGGAGGAAGGUUUUACGCCAGCAACUUAUGACGUUGUCGUUGCGGGAAGUGUGGUUCAUGCUACACGUGAUGUUACGAAGACACUUAAGAACCUCCGAAGACUUAUCAAACCGGGGGGCUAUCUGAUCCUCCUAGAAAUCGUCGAUGCUGGCUCUGCAAGUGGUAAUGUGGGUUUCGGUGUCUUUCCUGGCUGGUGGCUAAGCUCCGAGGAGUGGCGUCCCCAUAGCCCCUUGUUGACAGAAAAGCAGUGGGAUGUGCUUCUCAAGCAAACAGGGUACUCCGGCAAUCAUCUUGUGCUUCGAGACUAUGCCAGUGAUAUUUGUCACAUCUCCAGCAUCAUUGUGUCAAAAAUUGUCGGUGACGACACCAUACAAAACUCUCAUCCCACAAACGGUGUUGACCACUCUCGUCCGAUUACUUCUCCAUACCAAAUGGUUGUUCUUGUUGCUAAACAAUCUUCGGCCCAAGCUCACCUUGCGGAACUGCUGCUGCAAAAGGGCGAGCAGAAUGGGAACGCAAUUAAAGUUCAGCUCUGGUCAAGUGAGCUUCAGCAACCUGAAUAUUUGAAUUCUCUUCUGCAAGAAGACACAGUUGUCAUCUCACUCUUAGAAGUUGGCCAGCCAUUUUUGUCCAAAAUAUCUGCAGAAAGUUUUGCCACACUUAAAAGCUUCAUCAGAACCGUACGCAAUCUUCUUUGGGUAACGUACAUGGACCUUGAGGAUCCAGAAUUUGCAUCUGCUUCAUUAAUGAAAGGCUUUUUCCGCACUAUACGAUCUGAAGCAGUAGAAAAGAACAUUGUUACACUUUCUUUGGAUGGUAUAGCCGAGACGGUCUCGUUUCAGACGUGGACUGACGAUGCUUAUCAGGCAGUGGUGGGCUACAUAUUGACCACCGUGCUGGGGACGUUCGUACCCUCUGCGGGGAGUUCAACCCCUCUAGUUGCGAAGGAACUAGAGUAUGUUGUUGAAGGAGGCAUGAGCUGUAUUGGGCGACUCGUAGAGGAGUCGAGCAUGAACCAGAAGCUGCAAACCAUCCUUAGCCCACAACUGAGAAGCGAGCCAUGGUCCACAGGUCCAGGGGUUGUGCUUAAUGUAGGAACCCCUGGCGCAUUGGACACUCUGCAUUUCGUGGAAGACCCCACAAACAACCAACCGCUUGACCCCGACGAGAUCGAGAUUGAGCCGAGGGCUUGGCCUAUCAACUUUAGGGACAUACUGAUUGCCCUGGGCCGUAUAGAGUAUGACACUUUAGGCAUGGAAUGUGCCGGAAUCGUUACUAAGAUUGGCGCCAACUAUGAUAACGAACGGUCUGGGCUGUCUAUUGGCGAUAGGGUCUGUAUCUGUUCAUACGGAAGUAUACGCAGGUACGCGCGAAGCCACGCCGAAUUGGUAUACAAAAUUCCUGAUGAUGUCUCGUUCGAGGCCGCCGUAUCGGCUAUCACUCCCGGUAUCACAGCGUAUUAUGGAUUGAUUGAUCUUGCACGGCUAAAACCGGGUGAAUCAGUCCUCAUACACUCGGCAGCCGGCGCGACAGGGCAGAUGGCAGUUCACAUCGCUCAAUUCUGCGGUGCAACUGUCUUUGCUACUGUGGGCCAUGAUGAGAAGAAAAAGUUCCUCGUCGACAAGUUUGGCUUACAAGAGGAUCAUAUAUUUUACAGCCGCGAUUCUUCCUUCAAACAGGGAAUCAAGCGCAUGACUGGAGGUCGCGGAGUUGAUGUUGUCUUCAACUCACUGGCCGGAAAGGGCUUACGAGCAUCCUGGGAGUGUGUUGCUCCGUACGGACGCUUUCUUGAUAUCAGCAAGGCAGACAUGAUUGCAAACGCCGCUCUUCCGAUGUCUUCAUUCCAGGGCAAUGUUAGUUAUUUUGGCAUUGAUGUUCAUCAUAUGGGAAACCACAACAUAGCCGCCAUGAAGACUCUAUUCACAAGGGUCAUGAGUUUACUUGAAGAUGGAACUAUCCCCCACCCAAAGCCGCUGCAUUGCUAUUCUGUAACAAACAUCGAAAAUGCGCUGCGUUUCAUGCAAGGUGGGAAGAAUAUUGGAAGAGUUAUUAUUACUGCCUCUCCGACGGAUGUGGUCCCGAAGCUAAGCCGUGACCCUGAUUUAUGGACACUCAACCCUUUGGCUUCCUACCUUGUUGUAGGAGGUCUGGGAGGACUUGGUCGUGCAAUUCUCGCAUGGAUGGCAAACAAAGGUGCCAGACAUCUGAUUGUGCUUUCAAGAUCAGGACUUUCGGAGUCAAACACUGAAGCGAUGCGAACAGUUAAAGAACUCCGAGAACAAGGUGUUACAAUCAUUACUCCAGCAUGUGAUGCUUCAUCGCUGCCCGAUUUAUCAACCCAGCUUGCUCAAUGCGCUGAGACCAUGCCCGCGAUAGCUGGUUGCAUCAACGCAGCGAUGAGCCUACAAGAUGCGGUUUUCGAGAACAUGACAUAUGAGCAAUGGGCACUGACCAUUGACUCCAAGGUGAAGACAACAUUCAAUCUUCAUCAACUGCUUCCAGUUGGCUCAUUAGACUUCUUCGUUUUAUUCUCGUCACUCUCCGGAAUCUACGGAAGCAUCGCGCAAUCAAAUUAUGCAGCCGGAUGCACAUUUCAAGACGCGAUAGCUAAACAACGAGCGUCCAGAGGCGAGAAUGCUGUAUCCCUGGACAUCGGCUGGAUGCGAACAAUUGGUAUCAUUGCAGAGAAGACAGAAUAUCAACGCAAUCGAGAAAACACUGGAGAUAUGAUGGCAAUUGAAUCGGAAGAGCUACUGGGAGUCCUAAGCCAAAUCUGUAGGCCAGCCAUAUCCAAUGCUAGGCACCAAGUGCUCAUUGGAGCCGUCACCCCCGAGCACUUUUACGCAAGGGGUAAGAACCCGGCUCCGUCGCUCCAACGUCCUCUCUUUUCAGGAUUUGGGACCAAUAUUGCCAGCCGUUUCAAAGGCGCAAACCAGGAGAACUCGACAGAGGAUGAACCGAGUAAACUGUUCAAACAAGCAACUAGUUCAAAGGAGAAGGCCCUCGUUGUUGCUCGAGCAAUCACUAUCAGGAUAGCUCGUGCCCUUGCGAUUCCAGCAGAGGAAGUUGAGUCUAGUAAACAGCUGUCUGAUUAUGGUGUCGACUCUUUGAUGGCAGUUGAACUUCGUAACUGGAUUGGCAGAGAUUUCCAAACCAACGUCGCCGUGUUUGAGAUUAUGAGUGGUACAACCAUACAAGGGCUAGGCCAAUUAGUCGCAGAACGAGCUGGAUGA